UUUACCGUUUGAUCUUUAUCAGUCAGAAAGUCACUCUAACAAUAUCUCAGUCUUUCAAAAUAAAUCCAUUUCAUGUAUCUAAAUCAAUCAAGAUUUUAGAUACAUAUACAUACUUAUAUAACUUAUAAUUAUGUAUAAUCUCAAACUUGGUUACUAUCUUAAUUAAGACAUUUGCUUCGGAUAUCUUUGUCCAAAAGGAUCGUAUUUGCUUGUUGAUGAGGCAAGUGAGUUGAUAGACGUCGGAACGAUAAAUUAAAUGCCUUCUCUAAAGAUGAAGACGAAGUCAUCGGGAGAAAUUAAGGGUCUUCAUGUGUGUCAAAAAUCAAGCAAGAUAUCCAAGAACUCUUUCUUUUGCUCGAGAAAUGUUCAACAUGAAGCCGAACUUGACACAUUUACUCCUAACAAUCAGGAUGAUUCUUCCCGCGAUAUAUCAAUUAAUCAGGAUAUAAAUAGGGAAAUCAAUUGUUGUGAAAUGGUGGAUGAAAUUGUUCAAGCUCAAAAGCAUCAAUUAUCUUCAAGCGAUGUUGGCAUUGAUUGUUUGAAGGAUCAUACAACGAACUGCUCCUCAACCAUAGAAACAAUUUUCUCACCUAUUUUGGAGUCCAUUGACAAUGAACCAAAUAUCUUUGAUUAUGGAGGUAAACAAUGGAGGGAAAGUGAUAUUGUUUUGCCAUCACACGGAGAUAAUGACGUUGAUGAUAAUAGUAGAAACUCCUUUCAUUGUAACGCGUCAGAUUUUUUCAUAUCAGACAUGAUUGUUUCUAGUUCGUGUAACGCCAUUUCAGGAGCUACAAGUUUACUUGAUUAUGAACGUGACGAAUCAAGCAUAUUCUCUGGUGAUGAAUAUAUGUUACUUCCUUUUGUUGAAGAUAGCAUGGAGAACAACAGUCAUUAUGAAGAUUCAAGCAUAUAUAUGGCGAUCCAUCAAUUAAAAUCCGGCAAUCAGGAAUCUGAUAUCACUUUAUAUCCAGAUUUGGAUUCAGCUGAGUGCUUGGAUCCACAAAUGUUCAUCAGGAAUUUUUUAGACCUUUCAGAAACAUCUACAAGUUCCGGUUCCUCCAUGUCACCCCGGGAAUCACGGGAAACGAAAUCUGUAACAUUAGUACUUGAUCUAGAUGAAACACUGAUCCACUCUUCACUCCAAUAUUGCGACGAUGCAGACUUCACUUUUCCUGUAUUUUCUAGUUUGAAAGAGCAUACUGUGUAUGUGAAGAAGAGACCUUACUUAAUGGCAUUUCUGGAAAGUGUCUCAGAAAUGUUUCAUAUUGUCAUAUUCACAGCCAGUCAAAGCAUUUACGCUAAGAAACUUUUGGAUAUACUGGAUCCCGAUGGAAAAAUCAUCUCUCAUCGAGCUUAUAGAGACUCGUGUAUAUAUGCAGAUGGUAGUUAUACCAAAGAUCUAACAGUGUUAGGGGUUGAUCUAGCCAAAGUUGUCAUAAUUGACAAUUCUCCACAGGUUUUCAGAUUGCAAGUGAAUAAUGGGAUUCCAAUUGAGAGUUGGUUUGAUGAUCCUUCAGAUCGUGCACUAAUUUCAUUACUUCCAUUUUUGGAGAGCCUGGUUGAUGCUGUAGAUGUCCGUCCAAUUAUUGCUAAGAGAUUCGGUUAUACGAAGAUCUCUAAUGGAUCUGUAGUCACUUGCGGUUUUCAUAGAUCGCAAAGAUCCCUCUAUGCCCUGACUUGCCCUGUGUUGCUUCUAUUAUCGUACGAAAUUGGGGAAGUAUAUGACAGUUUUGUAAUAUAUUCACCUUUAUACAUUUAUAGAGCAGAGAUAUGUAUAAGUGUACAUCAAGGUGUAGUUGAAUUAUAUCAUCCGAUUUAUGUAUCUGUUGAUUACAUGAGUAGUAUUCAGUUCAUGUUACUAGAUGGUAAUGUAUUGAUGGUCACAGGUUUAAAAUGGCUCUCCUCUUUUGAGGUUUGCCUAUGUGUUGACAUGGACUUGUAGCAAAUACAUGUUUGUGGCAUAGUUCUUUUU